AUGCCAAAACUCGAAACCUGGACAUCGUACAUCCAUCGUGUCGGCCGUACAGGACGUGUCGGUAAUACUGGUUGUGCAACGACAUUUUUUUCGCCAACUGCCGAUCGUGGCAUGGCACUCAUUCUUUAUAGGGUAACAAUUAGUACUACCAUUUUUCAAAUGUUUACAUUUAGAAAGCCGCUUUUUAUACUUUUUUUAGUAAUAAUGAUAAGUGUUAUUGUUACUUAUUAUUAUUGUUAUAACUGUAAUUAUCAUUAUUAA